AUAGAAGCCCAUGCAAGCUUAGAACAUUAUAUAAUUAUUUGUUUAAGUAAUCUUCAGAGUAUUGCAAAAUGGCAAAACGAAAAGAAAAUAUUAAUGCUGAACCAACUUCCAAGAAGAAUAAGAAAUCGCUAAAGGAUACUGUCAAUAAUGAUAAUGCAAGUAAUCAGAUUAAAGGUAUCGGAGAUAAGCCUAAAGUUAAAGAAGAGAAAAGAAGAAAGUAUGAGAAAGCCUUACCAAAUGCUUUGAAGGAAAAUCGUAAACGCGAUAUGAAAGAUGAAAAGGGAAAUGAUAAAAGCUCGUCAGAAACGGAAAAACCUAAUUGGAUGGAAAUUAAGAAGCAGAAGAAGGAACUGAAGGAAAAAUAUAAGGCAAAAAAAUUGAAUAACAUUUAUGAUGUAACAAUCAGAGCGAAGCAAAUUGGUGAAAAGUUAAGAAGGUCAGAUUGUAAACCACUGGAACGUAAGAAAUUGAUUUUACAAGUUCACGAUUUAUUAAAAAGUCAUUAUAGUAAAGUAAUGCUUACGCAUGACUUAUCUCGUAUAAUUCAAUGGAUGAUCAAAUAUGGUGACCAACAAAUUCAGAAAGAUAUUUUCAGUGAAUUGAAACCGACACUUGUAGAUAUGAUAUCAUCCAAAUAUGCAAAGAACUGCGUUAAAGGUAUGUUGAAAUAUGGACCAUGGGAAAUGAAACAUGAAAUCAUUUCUGCUUGCUAUGGUAAAGUUGUAAAACUCAUGAGUCACUCUAUAUCUGCACCAUUAUUAGAACUUAUGUAUACAAAGUAUGCGAAACACAUAGAAAAGGUAUACUUCAAACAGGAAUUUUAUGGAGACAUGUAUAAACAAGCAAAGGAUAAAGGAAUUAAGUCCUUGACUGAUGUAUUUAAGUCUGCGGAGAAUAUGAAAUCGGCAACAUUGUCUGCUGUAAAAGGAAAUCUAACAAGGAUAUUAAAUAAAAACCUUUCGCGCUUCACGUUUGUGCAAUGCAUUCUUUUGGAGUACUUAAACGAAUGUUCGACCGAAGAUAGAUCAGAAAUGAUAGCUAUGUUGAAAGAUUCGAUAGUAGAAUUGUCUCAAACUAAACCUGGUUCGAAAAUUGUUGUACUUUGUAUAUGGCAUAGCACAAACAAAGACAGAAAGACGAUAAUGAAAGGUCUUAAGGAAAAUGUAAAGACUGUCUCCAUGUCCGAGCAUGGACAUUUAAUCUUGCUGGCUUUGUUUGAUUCGGUAGAUGAUACUGUCCUUGUGAAGAAAAUUAUACUUUCAGAAAUUCAGAAAGAUCUGACAGAGAUAGCGUUAAAUGAACACGGGAAAAAUGUAAUUUUGUAUUUAGUAGCCAGAAGAAGUCCCCGUUACUUCCAUCCUAGUACAAUUACAUACUUACAACAAGGAGACAAGAAUGAAACAAGCAAAAAACCAGCAGACAUUAAGGAAAAAGAACUCGUUGAAGGUAUCUCUAAUACGCUUUUAGAAACCUUAGUGCAGAAUACUGCAACUUGGAUGUCAAACAGCUCUAUCGCCAUGGUCACUUUAGCAGUACUGAAUGCAGGUAGUGGGGAAAAGUUGAAACAAGCCUUCGAAUCUAUUGCCAAAUACAUCACAGACUCACAGACAAGAAUUAAAGAAGGAGACGCUGAACAUAAGGUUGUUGAGCACGCAGGUUUACACAUGAUGCUAAAAAAACUCAUACAAAACGAUGAAAAAUUACAGGGGAGAAAUGAAACUACGUUCGGAGAAAUUCUAACUAGUCAUUUAAAUGUAAACAUUAUACAGGAGUGGAUAGAAUCCAAUAGAGGAUGCUUCUUACUAAUAUUUUUAUUAGAGAAUGAAACUGCUUCUACGGUACAAGCUCUGCAUUCUAAAUUGAAACCGGUGAAAAAUGCUUUGGCAUCCAAAACGAGUCCUGGAGCUGCAAUUUUACUUAAAAAAUUGAGUUGAACAAAACAUUCGCACAGAUGAAUUGUACAGGGUGCUCGUUUUAAGAGCAAAUGCAAGAAUGAGUCAAAUGUAAUUAUCAGGACCAACUGUAAAUUGAUAUAGUACAAUUUAUUUGUAAUAUAAAUACUUACAAUAUAUUCAGUCAAAUCCAAAUUCAAGAUUAUAUUCUGAUCCAUUUUUUUUUAAUUUUUGAUUUGUAGCUUAUACGAAUGAUUACUUAUGUAAACACGAUAAAUAAUAUGAAAUUAUGGUCAUUAUCAA